GAGCUACACUUCGUACUGCCAAAGCAUAGAAACCAUAGCUAGAGCAUUCUCAGUUUCAAACAGAAAAUGUGUUAAAAUUUUUGGUAUAUUUUUUUUUGGCACGAACUCAAAGGUCAAUAACUACAAACAGCGAUGGAGUGCGAGAAGAUUGAAGAGGCCACCGGCAUUGCUGGUGUCCGCAAACAGGACUCGACCCUGGAGCAGGAGCUCGAGUGUGCCCUGUCCUCAAGCGAAGCGGAUGAUACGCCGCCGGGCAUGAUCAUUGUGGGCAGCCGCAUCAGUGCCAGAGAGGAGCUCAUGGAACCAGGCGGUGCGGACAAGGAUAGGCCAAAGGACUGCCAGAAAGAGCAGCCAGCCUGCUCCUUGUCGCUGGGCCUCAAGCCGCACGUCCAGUUCCAGCGGGUGCCGCAUGACAGCGUUGGCCGCCUCCUGGCCAGCACUGAGGCUGCCCUGGCAGCCGCCAAUAGCUCGGCCUACGCCACGCCCAUUGCCACGAUGCCGGCACCGUUCUGCACAUUGCGUCACGUCGUCGACGAGGCCACGCAGUGCAACAAUCUGGGCAACGAUGUGUCCGCCUCCAGUGAGUCGAUGACCUCGCUGGGGUCGCUCGUCUGUCGUAUUUGUCACAAUGCCGAUAAUCCCGAACAACUGGUGUCGCCCUGUUUGUGCAAGGGCUCGCUGACAUAUGUCCAUGUGCACUGCCUGGAGCGCUGGAUUAGCACCUCGCGCUGCACGAUAUGCGAACUCUGCCAGUUCCAGUACAACACGGAGCAGACCCUGCGGUACUCCUGUCUGCAGUCGCUGCGGAUUUGGUAUUCGCGUGCCAUGAGCCGGCGGGCCCUGCAGGAGGACUGCCAGAUGUUUUCGCUGCUCACUCUGGUGGCUUUUGGGAUCAUUGGCACCCUGCUGGUGGGCAUCCAGUACUAUGCCAUAAACAACCAGUCCUGGGCCAUAAGCAAGCUCUGGACAAAGUCCUGGAUGCUCUUCUUUUUGUUCAUGACGAUAACAGUGUAUUUUGCCAAUAUUUUCAUGCUGGUCAAGUCCCAACUGACGCCUUGGUAUCGCUGGUGGCAAUCUGCAAGAGACAUCAAACUGAUUCUGGAGAACCGGCGACCCUUCCCCAACCCGAAUCGGCUGCAGCGCCUGGCGGUGGACUCUGGCUCGCUGUCCGCCUCCAUGAUCACCCAUCACGAUCAGCACGAGCUGCAGACGCACGUGGCCGGAAUCUCUAUGCCAUCCACAUCUAGCGAGGAGGAGCAGCCCGAGGGCCAGUCCACCCGCCAGUGGGGCAAGCGCAUGGAGAGCGCCAUGCUGGCUGCCGCGAUUGCAGCCACAGUGGAAUCGAUUGCUGACGCUAGUGCCCGGCAGAGCGAGAGCAAGGCCAAGCAGGCCGAAGGUACCGGCAACUAAAAGGGCAAUGACAGGAGACAUACAGACGGAAAGGAGAAAGGCGGCAGGUGGCAAGUGGCAAGUGGCAAGGCGGUGUUUGCGUGUCAUUCGUUUAAUUUAGUUUCAAUGCUUUUAAUGAACUUUCCCAAUGAGCGGACUUCUAUUAAGUCCGGACCUGAUGA